AAGUAAAUGUUCACUAUGGCUGCACGUACCAUUGUUCUCCAUGGGCAACAAAUUAUAUGUUUUCAUGUAUUUUAGAAUUAUCCGACGCUUUAUUAAUACAGUGUGCUUUACGAUGACUAUUAGAACAUAUUAUGUGAGGGAAGUAUAAAAUAAAUAAUUGUUAAAGUGAAGAAGAACAUAAAAGAUGAGACGGUUUUACCUCCUCGUCUGUGUGAAUGGACUCGUCCUGCUCGUUGGCGUUCGCGAGAGUUGCUGCUGCGCAAAGAAACACGUCUGCGGCAUGUUGCCCAGCAACGACAGAUUUACCUGCGGCCAAAAAGACGACUGCGGACAAUUUCGAAUCCAGUGCAGCAUGAUCUGCGUGCGUGGCAGGGCUACAUCAGACAAAGAAAAAACUCUUAAUGUUUUCAAGAAGCAAUUAAAAACAGCGGAUAAAAACUGUUGCUCAGUGAACAGAUUCACUGCAGACUGCAAAUGUUCAAACCAUUAUAUUAAGACCGAUGCGCAGCACAGAACCAAGCGACUGAAGAGCCGCAAGGAGAGGAGUCAGAUGAGAGGUGCUGGGAAAGAAGCUUCAAAGUCCAAAUCACAUCACCAUCCCUUCCAUCGUCUACCCAGUAAAGACAUGGCAUAUUACCAUAACUGCUGUCAUAGUAGCUGUCAUUGUUCUUCAAGGAGAGACGCGCCAUUUCCAAAUGUCGUUCCUGCUGCACAGGAGCCCAGUGUCAUCACAGACAGUCGUCUGAUAGGACACCACGGCUUGUUCAACCAUGAGGUGAAGUCUAUCGACAUUGAACGUUUGCUAAGUAAGCAAAGGAAGAAAAGUGGACAACAUGUACAAGAAAAAAGCGGUUGUAUUUCACACCCAUCAACAUCUCAAAUUCCUUCUUCAUUCCCCACUAAUGAUGUGUUGUGUGCUGAUGCUCGUGAGACUAUGACAUUUCGAAAAAAAGCAGACCCCGCUACAAAGGCCCGUGACAAUUGCCUGGAGAAAGAGAGUAAGAUCAGUCAGGGUUCAGAUCUUACACCAGGGCAGAGAGCAGAGCAACAGCUUGAUCUUUCAUCUGGAAGUUUUAAAAGCAGCCUCUCAUCUAAGCACAGCUCUAUCAGCAGGAAGGGCAGAGAGUCACAGCAUACUCCCACUGUUGAUAGAGAAAAUGUGAAAAUAUUGAACAAGAAGGUAAAGGGACACACGCUAUCUACUCUGGAGCACACCCCAAAGAACCAGGACUCUCCUGUCCACCAAACCCAAGCUCCUGGUCUCAGCCCAAGCCCACUUCAGCUCUCCAGCUCACACUCUGCUGAAAGCUUUGACAUACGGCACAGGAGACCAGAUUCUGACUGUGUAUCUAAGACUGUCAGUGCAGUGGCAGCAGGUUUGUGCAACUGUCUGCAGUUCCCAGUCCCGAGAAGGAGAAGCCUAGUGGCAGAGAGCAGAGAGGUGCUCUUGAAAGCUCUACGGGAGAGACAUGGACCCCGGCUUCAGGAGAACCUCCUUGAGGUGCAGCGAUGCCUGACCUUUGUUACUGAUCCCACAAACGAAGUCCAGGAUCAGGAGCCUACCACGGUAGAUGAAGAUGAGCUCCUGACUAAAGCAUUUCAAGCCAACACUGCCAGUCAGCCACCUUUUGAAACUCAGAAAACCACAUCUCUCAAACUGACGAGAAGUGGGCAUUUUAACUGGAAGUCCAGUCCACAGCUACACAAAAACAUGAAACAGACUGCUGAAUGGUUGACCAGCCCUGUGGAGACUUCGGUCAGCCUUUUGGAUGAUAUCCUCAGAUCUACUUGCUCUCCUCAGUUCUGCAUGGACUUUGAGCCCUCUGGAGUUAAAGCCAGUGAUCAUUUGUUCGCUCCCUCUCAUACAUCAUGCUGGGAAGAAAAUGCCUCAGCAUCUCAGCACUGGGAAGACAGAUUCAACAAGGCAAAGAGCAAUGAGAAUGUUAUGUUUGGUUCUUUUUUGAACCACAACAGAGCAGUUACAGAGAGGGGCAGCAGGUCUCAAUAUCGCAGCAACAUCCAGCCUUUCUUUCCUUACCAAGCACAGCUGCCACAUAGAAAUUCAGCAAUGCACCCUCCCCGGGAGCAAGACCCAUUUGAAACAGACAGAAGCUCUUUCGCUCCCUUCUUCCAUGCCCAAAUCUGCCAUCCUCAGCAGAGCACCAACUUCGAGCCCUUCAGCCAAUUCAGUCACCCUUCAACUUGUCCUCCUCCUCAGUUCCCAUCACACUGACAUGAUGCAUUACCCCCCAUCUCACAUGAUUGAAAGAGACCCAGCACAUCCUCUAUCUUCUUUCCCCAGUCCUGAGCUCUGGUUCUUCCCCCCUAUGAGACUGUACUAAAGUGUGGUGAAGCACUCCAUAGAGACCUGCCUGUGAACAUUUCUUUGUCUAACUAAAAAAAUAGAAUUAUCUUGAUACUUUUUGUUCAGUCAGCAAAAAUAUGUGUUGUGUGCCUAUAUUUUAUUAAUAAAACACAGUAUUAAAUGUAAUGGCAACAGCUGUCAUCUCAAGAGUUAACUCUUUUAUUAUUUUGUCCCAUUUGUGCUGUGAUAAAGAAACACACAAUUAUGUAUUGUUUGCAUCCUUGGAGCAUUUUUUUAUGGAGAACUGUAUAUUAACACAUAUCUUCAAUAACACAGGUGAUAUAUUUUUUUACAGACCAAGAAUCUUAGCCAAGAAUGUGCUAUUGUGAAAGCUCUUUGGUUUUUUUUUUUAUGUUACCUAUGGGCUACAUUUAAAUGCAUAAAACACAUUUGUACAAUGGUGCAAGAGACAUGCAAUAUCAAGCAUUGCUAAAUAUAUAAUUAAGCCGAGCAGAGAUAUUAAAUUACAUUUCUGAUUCAUGGUUGCAUAAAUGAUUAUAAUAAAGGAUUGUUACUAGUCUUACAA